CCCGGAGCAGGGGGGGGAAGCGGCGCUGCGUGUGGCCGGCCGGCUCCUUCCAGCGGCAGCCCGAUCGGCGGCGGCGUACCCAGGCGGCGGCGACAAUCAGGCGGCAGGGAGGAGGAGGAGGCGGAGGCGAGCGGCGCGGCGGGCGGGCGGGCGAGCGGCCGCGGCGUGCGGAAUCACUCGAGGCCCAGGCGGAGCGAGGGGAUCGCGGCUCCCCGUGAAGAAUGUCAGCCACCAGCGUCGACCAGAGACCUAAAGGACAGGGAAAUAAAGUUUCAGUACAAAACGGUUCGAUUCAUCAAAAGGAUGCAGUAAACGAUGAUGAUUUUGAGCCAUAUCUAAGUAGUCAGACAAAUCAGAGUAACAGCUAUCCACCAAUGUCAGACCCAUAUAUGCCUAGUUAUUAUGCUCCAUCCAUUGGAUUUCCAUACUCUUUAGGCGAAGCAGCAUGGUCAACCGCAGGUGACCCUCCAAUGCCAUACUUGACAACUUAUGGACAGAUGAGUAAUGGUGAACACCAUUACAUACCUGAUGGUGUAUUUAGUCAACCUGGGGCAUUAGGAAACACCCCUCCAUUUCUUGGGCAGCAUGGAUUUAAUUUUUUUCCCGGGAAUGCAGACUUCUCUACAUGGGGGACGAGUGGAUCUCAGGGACAAUCAACGCAAAGCUCUGCUUACAGCAGCAGCUAUGGCUAUCCACCUAGUUCUCUUGGGAGAGCCAUAGCAGAUGGACAGGCUGGAUUUGGCAGUGAUACUCUGAGCAAGGUGCCUGGGAUUAGCAGCAUUGAGCAAGGCAUGACUGGACUGAAAAUUGGUGGAGAUAUGACAGCUGCUGUAACAAAAACUGUAGGUUCAGCUCUGAGCAAUACAGGUAUGACAAGUAUUGCAGCCAACAGUGUGCCCCCAGUUAGCAGUUCAGCACCUAAACCAACCUCAUGGGCUGCCAUUGCAAGGAAGCCUGCUAAACCUCAGCCGAAACUCAAGCCUAAAGGUAAUGUGGGCAUUGGGGGCCCUGCUGUACCACCACCACCUAUAAAACACAACAUGAAUAUUGGAACUUGGGAUGACAAAGGGUCAGUGGUAAAAGCACCCCCAGCCCAACCAGUACUGCCUCCUCAGACUAUAAUCCAGCAGCCUCAGCCAUUAAUUCAACCACCAACACUGGUGCAAAGCCAACUGCCUCAACAGCAGCCUCAGCCACAGCAACCACAACAGCAACAAGGACCUCAGCAGCAGGCCCAGCCUCACCAGUUGCAGCAGCAGCAGUUGCAAAACCGCUGGGUAGCGCCUCGUAAUAGAGGUGUGGGCUUCAGCCAGAACAACGGAGCUGGUAGUGAAAACUUUGGUUUAGGUGUUGUAUCCGUCAGCUCCUCACCUUCUGGUGUGGAAGUGCACCCAGUGCUGGAGAAACUAAAGGCCAUAAACAACUACAAUCCCAAAGACUUCGAUUGGAACCUGAAGAAUGGACGUGUGUUUAUAAUCAAAAGUUAUUCAGAGGACGAUAUUCAUCGUUCCAUUAAGUACUCUAUCUGGUGUAGUACUGAACAUGGUAAUAAGCGCUUGGAUGCUGCUUACCGUUCCUUGAAUGGAAAAGGCCCGCUGUAUUUACUCUUCAGCGUGAAUGGCAGUGGACACUUUUGUGGAGUGGCUGAGAUGAAGUCUGUUGUGGACUACAAUGCAUAUGCUGGCGUCUGGUCUCAGGAUAAGUGGAAGGGCAAGUUUGAUGUCAAAUGGAUCUUUGUCAAAGACGUUCCCAAUAACCAACUGCGGCAUAUUCGCUUGGAAAACAAUGACAACAAACCAGUUACCAAUUCGAGGGACACUCAAGAAGUACCCCUAGAAAAAGCCAAGCAAGUGCUUAAAAUAAUUGCUACUUUCAAGCAUACCACCUCAAUCUUUGAUGACUUUGCACAUUAUGAAAAGCGUCAAGAGGAGGAGGAAGCCAUGCGUAGGGAGAGGAAUAGAAACAAACAAUAACUGUAUGGAGAUAUCCUGCUAGAAUUACAACACUAAUGAUGUAGACUCUGGAAAUGCCUAAUAUGUCUAAGAAGACGUUAUUAAAGCUUUUUUCUGCUUAAGGUGACAUCUUUGAACACUUUAACACGAAAUUGACUCUUCUUGUAAUGGUUCUCAUCAGUGCAUCUGCCCUUAUACUCUCUCACCAAACACACUUGAGAACUGUACCUUCGUCAAGCACUUUCUGUCCUGAAGCUUUUACCAGUAUCUGCUGUCUUUUGUAUUUAUGCAUCCUAGCUAAGGCACAGGAGACUGAACGAAUGCAAGGAUUCAUUAACUCUUUGAAUUUGUUAAAUACUAACAUUUAACCAUUAGAAGUGGUUCAAUGAUGUGAGAUUCACAUUGCUUCAACUUAAUUUUUUUCUUCGUAGUUUUUUUUAAUUGUCAGAUUUUAGCUAUUCAACAGAUUAAAAGCAAAUCAUGCCAUAUUUAGUCCUGGAGUAAAACUCAAGUCUAAAUGUUCAUGUGAAAAUUAUUGUAGUAAUCUUUUAAAACGGCAAAGCAACUUUAAGCUGCAGUUUAGCCAAAUGAAACGUAACAUAAAAUUAUAUUAGAAUGACAUUUCCCUUGUUUCAAACUGUUUGGUGUAAGAGAAUAUUAAUAUGCAGCUUGGUGGACACCACCAGUUAAUGCACAUUUCUUUAUUUUUUUUCUGUAACAUGUAUACUGAAAAAAGUGCAUUUGUCUGAGGAACUGUUUGUUUGCUACCACUCAAUGAAUCUCAGUUUUGAGUAAAUGUACCUCAGUCUAAAUCAGACUUUUUAUGACCUUUAUAACUACAUUUAAAAUAAUCUUUAAUUCCUAUUUCUGGGUGUUUGCAAGCCUGACAGAUUGCUAUCAUGAAAGUGAAAAUUUACUCCUCUAGGUGAUUCACUAGCUAAAUAAACAUAAUUCUUGUUUAGCAAGCAUAGACUGUUCUCAAAGUUUUUUGUUUCAUUUUCCCAACAUUGAGGUGUUUUCCCCUGUCUACUAUUAAACAUAUUGGAAAAAAACUCUUUGAUCCACGGAGAAGACUUAGCCAUUUUAUCGAGAUUUUUGUUAGAAUUUGAAGAAUUUCAGAAUACGUGUUAAACUGGUUACUGCUCUACUAGCUUUUAACUCCUCAAAUUGUAUCUUUUGUUUCGGUUUAUAUAGCCACACACAUUCUAUCUGCUGGAAGAGAAUAUUAGAAAAAUGUUAAGCAGGUGUAUUGACUGUACGAAAUACUGAACAGCCUGUACCAAACUCCAGGGAUAGCUUUCUCUUUUUAGAAAGACAGUGUAGAAGUCAGAUAUGUUAUGGCUUAAAAUAGCAAUACGGCAUAUUAUUUGAACAUUUCACGUCUUAAUGUCCAGCACAGAUGUUUAUAUUGUUUUUGAGCCCUUCAUUUACAGAUUUUGGCAAUCAAAGUUCUGAAGCUUAAGUGGCAUAACUUUGUUUUGAAUACAGACUGUGUUGCCAGAUUUUAGUUUCUCUCUUGUCAAGCCCCUAGCUCUCUUCUGACUUCGCAUGUACAGAACAUUCAGUAUGUGCUAUUUCUUACUCACUGUUUUAAAUAUUUGAGAAUGAGUAGCAGAUAUGAAUCUUAAUUUUAACUGCUUGUUUUCUGGAAGCUCAGAAGGGAAGACGCUCACAUUUUGGAGAGAAGCAGCAAUCUCACUUAAAUGCAGAUUAGGUGAGGAAGGGAAAAGCUAAGCUCUUAUUAUACGAGGAGACGAGUUUUCAAGCCCCAAACCUUAUGAAAUUGGCUUGAGCCCAAAAAUCCCUGCUUCCCUGUCUUUGUUUCCUGCUAACAAAUUUUGUAGGUGUUUGUUUCCCUCUGUUGGCUGACCUAUGGAUUACUGCCUGUUAUUCCAGCUGUAACUGAUCAUUUGAAGUGGCAAAGAUCAAUAUUCUUGAGAGAGUGUAGUCCUUCUGAUAAUCCUUCAAGGGAUCAGCAUGCUUCUACUUCUUUGUUGCAAAAAAAAUAUCAGGAAAAUGCACUGAUGUUUCCAGUUAAAAGAAAGCUACUGUUAGUCAGGUAUUCAGGAUUUGAUUGCAUGUGCAACCUUACUUUGCUUCUACUGCAGUAUUCAUAUUUUUGCAGACUUCUUAAAGUAUUUCCUGCUUUACUCCUUGCCUCUUAUACUCUAUAGCAUGAGCGUUGUUCUGGGAUUGAAUCAGGUUUAGUAUCAAAUGAGUUUGUUACUUUGCAGACUUUGAAAGCUUGGACAAUGAGAAGGGAUUGUAACAGAAGGAAGUGAUCACAUUUAGAGAGCUGUGACAGUUCUUAUACUGUUCCAGGAUUGUUAGUAGAUCUACAAAUAGAAGAGUUUAAUUGCUGAUGGUAUUAGUCAUGUUGUGACCGACUUGCAGACUGCUGAGAGUUUAGUAUGUGCAGCUGAAAUUAAAAGGAGUUUUAUGUGCAUAUAAAGUGCUGUAAAAUAGUAUAUACCGUUGUAAUAUACAGCUGUGGAGUGCUGUACUGGUUAAUGGACACAUGACGCUGCUAGCCUUCAGCUUCCUUAUGCACGAGCUAUUUUCCUCCAGAAAGAAAAGGAAUGGUGCUUAAUAUCUCAAAUAAAUGUAGAAAUACUUUUUUUGGUCUCUUUUUUUUUUUUUCAAUACAGUGAAGCUGUGUUAACGGCUGCUUGCUAACGGUAGAGUUGGUAGAAUCCCUUUUCUGAUCCUGAUUCUACCUCUUCUGUGUCAGCACUUGUUUUCCUGCGGUCCAUACUGAACCAGUUAAACCAGCAGAAAAUUCCUUGAACUCUCUGGACAGUUCUGUGAGAUUAAAGGUUUACAAGGGAGAUGGUGGGAGGGAAAGGAAGAAGGCUUGUUCUUUCAGGAGCAGUGCUAAACAGGUGUUGCUGCAUUGUAACUCUCAAAUUGCUGAACCAUAUAUACAGUAGUAGCAUGAAAACUGCAGAAGACCACUGCACCCCCCCCCCCCCAAAAAAAAAAAAAACAACAACAAAACAACUGUGUUUUUAGUGUAAGAUUUUGGUAGCGUACAGUGAAAUAAGAUGUUAUCGCAGCUCUAGCGCAGGAGGAGGGCAGGAAUGCUGAGUAUUUUCCAUUUUGAGUACUUUUCCCACUUGGAACACACCUUAGAAGUCACAGAGAAAUGAUUGCUGAAAGACUUGAUCUGUAUUCUUAUACCAGUUGAGACAAAUCAAAGUUGUGUGAGCUUUGCUAAUCUUUGAGUACGUUGUGUCUUUGUAAUAUCAGCACCUUUAAUGUAGGGUUGGUUGUUUUUUUUUGGUGUUUGACAAGAAAUAAACCCUGUCAAUUGAAUGCUCAAGUUGCUGACUUAAGCAAAACAUGGGUGCUACUUCAUUUUUAAGAGAAUCGGAUUGGGAAAACCUCAAUGUUCACAGCUAGACAAAAUUCACUGCUUCAUGUCUUUUGUUUUUCUAGGCUUAAUUUAUCAAAUACCAUUUUUUUCUGUACAUGCUCUUGCUUUUUUUUCUCCUUGGAUACUCUGACAGUUUCAAAGACAAAGCACUGUCUGCAAAGUUCAGAUGCAAAAGCCCCUUGCCAAAAUUGUUUUCAUCCCAGACAAAUCCACCAAACGUGGUGAGCUUUUUAGUCAAGUGCAAAGAAAACUUGGUGUUUAGGAGGAAGUAUAUUAGUUAUUUUCCAUUACUUAGUCAAAAUUCUGUUUUGAAGUUGCUUUCUAUGCAGUACAAGUGUUUCCAUGCCUGAAAUAUGUUCUUUUAAAUAAACUGUUAUGAUGUCAACGCAUCUUUCCUUUUCCUAGUUGAAACUGCCAAUUUCACUGAAAACAUCAAAACAACAUGUUUAGAAUUCUGUAAAUAGCAGUUAUCUUUGUUUUGGCCCUUUUGCAGCUAAGUUUUUGAAGUUAUUGUUAGAUCUUUCACCAGAAGAUAUUUAAAUAUUUGAGGUGAUUGUAGCACAGUGUGAAAAUCCUGUGUGGAGCAUCUUUAAUUGUUCUGCUGCACUCAUUUUUACAUGAAUAAUUCGAGGUAUUCAAAUAUAAAUCACUCUUUAUGAAGAAAUGACUUUCAUGUGGUUUUCAGAGCCAUUUGAACUAAUUUUUGCUACCAUUUUAUAUUAUGGAAGUACGCUCCUGUUUUCCAUGUCUUUAUGUAUUCUUUUGACAGGUGAAAAUCAGUAUAAUUUACUGAUAAAUUAAGAGAAUAAGAGAAGUUCUAUUCAACUGCAGAAGAAGCUGGUUUACGUUUUUGUUUUUAUAUAAAUUAGCGUACAAUAAUUGAAAUGAAAAUCUUGCAUGACAGUUGACAAUUUGAUCUUAAUUUUUUUGAAACUUUAACCUCUUCAGAUUCUCAUUUAAUCUAUUUUCAGCCUGGCAUGUCCACCGUAGUUUGAUAUGGGAGAGGAAAGAAUUAUUCCAGGAGUUAUAGGAAUCUUAAGUAAAGUUUGGCUUCAUUUAAAACUAUAAUAUUAGUGUACAGCUGACAUGUUUUCAUCAAAGCAUCUGUUCUAUGUUGUCUAUUCUACUUUAUAUACUUGAAUAAAGUGCAUUUGAAUAUGGUGAA